UGGUGGGAGGCUUGGCUAUAAAACAUCUUGGGUCUGGUGGAUGAUCACCAGUGCACCGACUUUUGGGAUUCGUACAGCACACCUCACUCUCGCAGCUACCCACCCCACCUGGCGCACCACCACCGCGAUAUGCACUUGUGUCCCAAAAUGAGGGUGCUGGCAGCUUUGCUAGUUGCCCUGGCAAUCACUGUUGAUGCUGCGUCGACCGGAAGGAAGGGCAAGAAUGCAGCGACCAAAAACACUAAACGAGAAGCUCCACUUGGAAAUUCACCAUCCACCUCCUACGGCCCUCCAGCUUUCCAGCCCGGCAGGCCCAUCAACACUGGCGCCGCACCUGCCUCUAACAGGAACAGCCAAACCGUCGCAACCUUUGGCUCGUCACAACCAUCCAACACGUACGGCGCCCCCUCUCAGCAAAACCCCGGCUUCGGAGGUCUCAACGGAGGUCAAGGCAGCGGUCGUCUGCCUUCCAACUUUGGAAAUGGAAAUAACGCUCCUCGACAGUUCAGCGCCCCCUCUUCAUCUUACGGCGCUCCCAACGCUGGACCUUCCGGUUUUGGUGGACAGCAGCCCUCGUCCACCUACGGCGCCCCUUCCGGAUCUAGACAGGGAGCCCCCCAGCAACCUUCUCAGAGCUACGGAGCCCCCAGUGGCCCCCGCCAAGGUCCUGCUCCUCAGCAGCCGUCCCAAAAUUACGGUGCCCCCAGCGGCUCUCAUUCCAGUGGCAGCCCUCAGCAGAAUUACAGUCCCCCUCGUCAGAAUGCACCCCAGCAGCCCUCUCAAAGCUAUGGAGCCCCUAGCGCCUCUGGACCCCGCCCAGCUCAGCCCUCUCAGUCUUAUGGAGCCCCCAACUCCGGUUUUGGAGGACAGCAGUCUUCUGGACAAUUCGGCGCCCCUCAGCCUCAGCAGCCGUCACAGCAAUACGGAGCCCCUAACAAUGGCCCCAGACAAGGUGGAUUCGGUGGACAGCAACCCUCUCAGUCGUACGGUGCCCCCAACAACGCCGGUCCUUCCAACUUCGGUGGCCACCAGUCUACAAACCUAGCCGCCCCCGCUCCAGAAGCUCCUCGUCAGAAUUACGGCGCCCCCAAUGCCGCCCCCUCAGGAGGAUUUGGUGCUCAGCAGCCUUCCAACUCUUAUGGCGCACCCUCUGCUCCUCGUCCAUCCACUCCGUCUUUCGGCGCCUCCAACGCUGGCUCUGCUUCCGGAUUUGGACAGCAGCCGUCCCAGUCGUAUGGCGCCCCUAGCAACGCUGCUCCUCAGCAGCCAUCACAGUCAUACGGAGCCCCUAGUGCAGGAUUUGGACAGCAGCAGCAGCAGCAGCAGCAGCAGCAGCAGCAGCAGCAGCAACCUUCUUUUGGUUCCCAGAACAACGCUGGAGGCGGAUACCCCAGCGGUGGUCCCAGGCAACCCAGUUUUUCGGCACCUUCUGCUCCUUCGUCCUCGUACGGAGCCCCAAGCACACCUCAGCAGUCCUUCGGCACCCCUAAUUCCCAACAACCCUCUCAGUCCUAUGGAACCCCCAACGCUGCCCCUCAGGCCCCGUCCCAAUCGUAUGGUACCCCCAAUACUCCUCAGGCGCCUUCCCAGUCUUACGGAACUCCAAAUGCGAACGCCGGACCCCAACGCCCAUCCCAGUCUUAUGGCGCACCAAACUCUGCUCCUCAACAGCCCGCACAGACUUAUGGAGCGCCCAGUACCGGACACUUCGGACAAGGCCCAGCUACUUCCAACGUUAGAGAUGAUCCUAGGCAGAACGCCCUGAACCAACCUUCCCAGUCCUAUGGUGCUCCCAGCACUGGUGGCUUUGGAGGACAAUCUUCGAGCGGAUUUGGGCAGAGCUUCUCUCAGCAACCUUCUCAAUCUUAUGGCGCUCCCAAUGCUGCCCCUGCUGGUGGUCAACAGGGUGGAUACCCUAGCGGUGGACCUCGCCAGACUGGAGGACAAGAGGGAUACCCUAGCGGCGGACCGAGGCAACCUGAAGGACAGAGUGGCUAUCCUCGUGGUGGGCCCAGCCAGGGAGGGUUCAAUGCCCCCAGUGCUGGCGGAAGCUUUGGCGCCCAGCAGCCCUCUCAGAGCUACGGAACCCCUAACAAUUUUGCCCCCUCAGCUCCUUCCCAGUCUUAUGGAACCCCCAACCAGGGUGGUCAGCGCCCUUCUGGAGGUCAGUCCAACUCUGGCUUCGGCGGUAACGCCGGAUUCGGUGGCUCAUCCGGCCCAUCCUCAUCUUUUGGUCCCUCCUCCUCUCAAGCCCCUAGCAACAACUACGGUGCACCCUCAGCCUCCAACUCUCCUCCAAGGAACUUCCAGGAUACCAAUGGCCCAUACCCUGCCGCAGGUGGAUCUGCCAAUGCCGACAGCGCACCUUACCCCCCUGCAGGCCCUCCUAACGGACCUCGAUUCAACGCUGACCAGGGCAACUUCAACGCUCCCCAGAACAACUUCUCUGGAAACCAAGCAGCCCCCUCUCCCAGUUACGGCACCCCCUCUCACCGAGGACCUACUGGAUCACAAGGAUACAACUACUAAGUUAUUAAAAACGAAAUUAUAAAACAAAAUGUAAUUAAUCUUCCCUAGAAAACUCUUAUUUGUACAAAGCUUGCACUCUUUCGCAUUGCAAUAUUAAUUUAUGUUCCUCAUUUUAUACAUUUUGUUGUCUCUUUGUAAACAAAUAAAGAAUUUAUAUUUUGAAAUGUA